AUGCUGAAGCAGCCUCCGCUGCUUACCAGCCGGACGAAAAGAGAUACUCUCAACAUUAGUUAUGCCGCUUACAAGGGUGACUUGUUCGACAAGGGCGGCAUUCGUUUCUUCACCUAUGUCGCCAUCUCUUCUAUCCCUUACUGUACCUUUGAGGUUCCAGCGAAAGUGCUGGUUCAAAAGAUCCGUCCAAAUGCCUGGCUCUCUCUAGCCACCGUCCUCUUCGGCCUCGCCACCAUGUUUCAGGGCACCAUUCAAAGCUACGGUGGCCUCCUCGCCAUGCGCUUCUUGCUUGGUGUCUUCGAGCUGGCUAUGUUCGCUGGCAUUUUCUAUGUCACUGGCCUCUGGUACCCGCGCUGGGACGCCGUGUAUCGACACGAUCUCUUCACUAGCUUUCUGCCCUUUGUAGCUGCUUUCGAGGCCCUCUUAGUAGCUGGAGUCGAUAAGAUGAUGAGCGGUUUCGGUGGCUAUGCGGGCUGGCGCUGGGUCUUUUUCUUUCAAGGCGGUCUCGCCCUCGUUGUCGGCUUCGUCGUGUUCUUUCUACUGCCCACUCUUCCCGAGUCGUCCGAAUGGCUGUCCAAGGACGACAAAGAGUUCGUCGCCAGUCGCCGCUCGUACGAUCCUAGCCGGUGCAUUCGCACUCCUGAUAUGACAGUCGACGAUAUUGGCAAGACCUUCAAGAGCUUCAAGAUGAUUUUGAUAGGUGUCAUCUACAUUUGUCUCGUCAUUCCCGCAUACCUCUACGCCAACAUCUCGCCAACUACCUCCAAGGAAUCUACCUAUUACAAAGUAUUGGCACGGAUUCAUGAUAUCCCCCCGUGGGUUGCACCCAUAUUGUUUGGCGUGGUGAUCGGACCCUUCAGCGGCUUCAAUUCAUGGCAUUAG